UUAGUGAGUGGCUGAGAGGCAUUUGUAAACGGAGGCUAACUUGCCUUUUUCCUUUAUUUUUAAGUCUUUUUAAACAUUUGUCAAACUUUUGCAUUUGGAUUCAUUUUUCUGCUGUUUGCGCUUGAGAGAAGACUGCACAGGGUCAGAGUAGGUUGCGCUCAUUUCCAGAAAGAUUCUUUCCCAAGCUAAAUUCCAAAUGUUUGAGUCACUGGAGGUGAAUCGUAAGACUUUUGGACAUGGUUUUCGCUGUGUGUUUGGGAGGAUGGUGUUCUAAGUGGAACAUUGGCAGAUAUUCAGGAGGGACCUCAGAGACGCACAUUUUCCACUAUGAACCGCGCCUUCAACAGGAAAAAAGAUAAAUCAUGGAUGCACACCCCAGAGGCUCUGGCCAAGCAUUACAUAGCCUACAAUGCUAAGUUCCUUGGAAACACAGAGGUUGAUGCUCCAAAAGGCACAGAAGUUGUAAAGGAUGCAGUCAGGAAGCUAAAGUUUCAGAGACAUAUCAAGAAGUCAGAAGGACAGAAGAUCCCCAAAGUGGAACUGCAGAUCUCCAUUUAUGGUGUGAAGAUACUAGACCCCAAGACAAAAGAUGUGCAGCAUAACUGUCAGCUACACAGGAUAUCCUUCUGUGCAGAUGACAAGACUGAUAAAAGGAUAUUUACUUUUAUCUGCAAAGACUCGGAGUCCAACAAACACCUCUGCUAUGUGUUCGACAGUGAAAAAUGUGCAGAAGAGAUAACUCUUACGAUCGGUCAGGCCUUUGACUUGGCCUACAAGAAGUUCUUGGAGUCUGGAGGCAAAGAUGUGGAAACAAGGAAACAGAUUGGAAGCCUACAGAAAAGAAUUCAAGAAUUGGAAACGGAAAACUCUGAGCUAAAGAAGCAACUUCAAGAGCUUGAAGAACAGCUGAUGAUAGCUCAUGUGCCACCACCGCUGCACAUAAACACAUCUAAUGAAGCGUACAUGCUGCAGAGGCCCUCCUCUCUCUUCUGGUGUCACAGCAUCAAGUCGCUCUCCUGUCUGGAAAUCUCCUCUGUCACUCUCACUCCUAUGAGCUCGCCGGAGUCCAACCUUUCCACUGGGCUACUAACUCCUCCACCUGCCAAACCUGCUCUCCUUCCUGCUAAACCUACCGAGGGAUGCAGCAUCCCGCGGCCUCGCGCGGGGAGCAUCUCCAUGAAACCACAGUCCACAGAUAUUUUUGACAUGGUUCCCUUCUCCCCUGUGACACCGCUGGUGCCCACACUGGCCAGCAAUGGCUGCCCACCACCUCCACCGACCACAUUGCCACCAGAUAUAAGGAAAGACUUGUUUGGUGCUGAGCCAUUUGAUCCGUUCACCUGCGGGGCAGCUGACUUCCCUCCAGAUAUUCAGUCAAAGCUGGAUGAGAUGCAGGAGGGGUUCAAAAUGGGACUAACCUUAGAGGGCACCGUCUUCUCUCUGGACCCGCUAGACAGCCGCUGCUGAUGCCAAGAAGAGUACUCUUCAAGGCGUACUUUUAACUCGUUUGUAUGAAGAAGUGCCAAAAUCCACUCCACGGUUGAGUCAAGAUGUCACAGUUUUCAUCUUGAGGUUUAUAUGCAUUUGCAUUUAGAUUGGUUUUCGAUAUUUCAAGGUAAACUCAGAUCCAUUAUAGAAAAUAACUAUUUUUGUAAAAAAGAGAAAAAAAAACAUUUAUGGAGGGCGUAGUUUUGACUACAUCUGGUUGCACAAGUAAUGAGGGAUGUAAAUAGUUGAAUAUGUCCAAUGGUACACUCUGUGGCAGAAUUUUCAUGUGUGUAUUGCACCAUUUGAAUUCUGUAUUGUUGACACAUUCCUGUUUGUAUGCCAAACACAAACUGGCAAAAAAGAAAAAAAAAGAAAUCUCUAUCAUUAACACAAACUUCCAGCUUGCCCGUAACAUCACAUUUUAUUUUACUCCACAUUAAUUCACACAUUAUGUAAUUAAUUAAAUAGUCCAGCCUAAUAUUUUUUUACUUUUCUGCCUUUUUUUUCUUUUAUUUUUGCUCAGAUUUUUUUGCAUUUCACAAUUUUGAGUUGCCAUUCCAGUAUUUGCUUUUCUUUUGUUUUUUUUGUUUUGUUUUGUUUUGUUUUUUGCAUGGACAUCAUUUUACUGUCGUCCUGUUCUUCUUCCAUGCAGUACUAUUCUCAUUAUUUUACUUUUGGUUGCAUUGACUUUGCUGUUACACUUAUUAAAGAAAAUCUUACUGCAAAAACUGCUGGUCAUUGAUUGUCAUUUUAUUUUACUCAUGUAUGACAUUAUUUAUCUGCCGCUCUGUGUUUGCAAUAUUUUGUCCUUAACUCAAAGACUUGUGAGACAUAACAAUAUGAAAUCCUUUUCUACAAUGACUUUUUUUUUGUUUGUGUUUUUUGAUGUGGAUUUCAAUCAAAUUUAGAACAGACCAAUACCUGGGAUUAUGACAAAGUUAAUUGCAUUCACAAAAGGAAAAUAAUAUGUCAGGCAGUACUACAAGAAAUAGGAAGUACUUUGUUGCCAUGGAUACAGAUAGUUACACUGUAUUCUGCAAUAUGGGCCCAGAUAUUAGUCUGUAUUCACUGACAUUUUUGGAAAAUUAGCUGUUAAGAGUUCCUUUUCAGUGGAAUGAGGUUCAGGUUCCUGUGAGCCGAGCCACUUGCUGCAUGUCAUCCACCUGAUCUUUCCUCUACAUUUUAUGUCAGUCACCGCUGUCGCAAUAAAUGCUUGAAAAAAGCAAACAUAAUUAAAGAAAACUUUUUUUUUUUUUUUUUGCUCUGCAUGUUAAGGAAGAAAUACUGGAAAUGCAGUGAUUCUUAAGCAGGUUCUGAAUCAUUUCCAGCCCCAUGACAAUUCUCAUAGUUAGGACUUUUCAACAGUUUGAGGUCACUUGAAAUGCCCUUAUUUUGAAAGAAAAGCAGUUUUUUUUUCAGUGAAGAUAACAUUAAAGUAAUCAGAAAUACAGUCUAGACACUGUUACUGUGUCUGCUCUGUUGCUGUCCUAAUUUUUCAGCUACAGCUGCGCUCUGACAUUACUCGUGACUUUCAUCUGUUCCUAGACCAAAGAUUUCACAUCCUCUCCAGGCUGAAAUGAUUGUGCCGUGGUGCAAACCGUUUCAAGGACCAAAUGAGCUCUUCUCAAACAAAAACAGGCAGAGAGAAGUGUUUUCAAUAUUUAUUUUUCAAAGGAUGAAAUGCAUCUGCUUCCAGUGUCUCUUCAUCCUCCUCUUCCUCCUCUUCUCUGCCUUUGGCGCGUAAGCAGGCAGUGAAGCCUAGUAAAAUUGUACAAAUCUAGAAUAAAUAUACUCAAAUUUGAACCAAGUGGUUACAAUAGAAUCACUGAAGGCACCGACAUGAAUAUUUAAAACACACUGCACUUACAUGAGGAACAGCUGUGUAACUGUGAACAUUACUAACUAAACAUGAGUUUGUGUGCAAAAUAAUUGACCAACUUCCAGGACCUGACUAUACCUGAAUUAAUAUGACAAGAGCUUGGGGGGAUUAACAAGCAUUUUGUUUAAUUUGUUGCAUAGCAAGAAAUACAAAGCAAACAGGCAUUCACAGCCAUCUUGUUCUAUAAAACUGAUUAUAGAAGAAAGGAUUUCAAGAGCAUAUAAGUCCAGGAUACUGCAAAGGGGGAACUGACAUGCAUAAAAAUAUUCUGCGCUACCUUUUACUGUACCAUACUGAUGUUGAAGAAAGAAAAAAAAGUUACAAAAUCACCACAGACCACUCAAACGACACCUCAUUCAUCUCUCCAUCGUGGACAGAAAGAUCUUUAUUGGCAUCCCCAAACCCUGCCCUGUACCACGCAGCCGUGACAAGCGCACAGGGAUCACACUACGUACAAAACAGCACCUGUGAAAAAGAAGAUUUGCAUGUAGCGUCGUCGCUUUCUCAGUUUUUGUCGGUGACGAGGUAGCUAACACUGAGCAAUCGACGGUCCCAGCGCGUCUCUGCUGUUCUGCGAGGUCGGUACAGAGUUUAGAAAUGACCACAUACAGACAUCGGUUCAUCAACACUGUCUUGAGAAAAGAAAUACCUGCACCGGUGAACGCAUCAGCGGCCGAUUCCUCAAUAGCACCACAUUGAUGUUUUAUAUUCAAAUAUUUAAGAUUUAAAAAAAAAAAAAAUAAA